AUGCUUGGCAGGCCAGAGAGAGAGAUCGGUGUCAGGAAUUUAGUGAAGCCAAGUGAUCUUUAACAGUUUUAGCGUAGUUUUCACAUUUGUCGUGAUGCUCGUAGACUGCCCAUGGCUAACAGGCAGAAAGUAGUGAGAACAGUACAUUACUGUCUUGCGUUCCCUCAGUUUUAAAGUUAGGAGGAAACCCUCCCUGCUCAAUCACUUUCACGCAGUCGUCGGAAAGCUGAGCUGGUCUUGGUAAUGCGUUCAUUGACGUCGUCAUCGAUGUUCUCAGAUAUCUGGAAAGUCUGUCGCCGAGAUACGUGAAUCCACUAUCAACUACCUAGCCUGUGGGUUCCUCUUUGAUAGUGAUAACUGGUACUAUUACAUCUUCUGCAGGGCAGGCUACCGGAGGAUUUUCUGGUCUAAAUUGUAAGUUGUCGUAAGUUCUAGAAAAGUAGUCGCGAUGCUCAAUUACAUCGGGGUUGGUAUUGAUAACCCAUAGCAUUUAGACAGUGUUAUAAAUCAUCCUAGUACAAACACACACAGCUACUGUAGGAUACAUGCUAUGAGUAGGUAUAUAUUAAUCGCGGUGGGCAGCAGAAACCCUUUCUCAUCCCUUUACAAUGUACGCAGUUCACAAGCUAAAGUAGGCGUUUAUCCGUGAUCACCUUUUUAAACAUGUACACAAUGUAGUUAUACAACUUGCGGCAUGAUGCGAUGAUCUAUUUAUUGCAGCCACCGUGACAGCACAGAGAGUUACAUCGGAUAACGAGAUAUUGGCCAGGAUGAAGGAAUUAGAGUAUAACAUGACAAGAUUGCAGCAGGAUUUGGUAAGAAUUAAGACUGUGCAUGUUAUUAACUGAUUCACGCAAAUGUAACUGAAAUCAUAAGGUUUUAAGCAAGAGUACAUAGGGAGAACAUGGUUGAAAAGCGUUUAUGGUUAACUGAUGUAAACUAAGUAUGUAUUCGCUAAAUCUAAUUUCAAAGUUCUAAACUUGCGCAAUUUGAUUUUGAUUUAUUUAGAUCUUUUCAUUAUGUAUCUGUGAGGUACUUGAUUCAGACUGCAAUUCACUAAAACAACUAAACUAAAUAGGAAGCAAUACAUCAUGGGCCAUAGGAAACAUAGAAGUUUCCACUAAAUGAAGGUCAAACUUUUAAUUAAUGAGGUUGAAUUACUUACAUCACAGGUAGCCCAAGCUCGAAAUAUGAGCAUCGGCUGUUGCGUAACAUUCGAAAUAUAAAGAUUUGUAUGGGAAAAAAAACCUAUCGUUUCGGUAACCUACGAAAAUGAAAGGAUUUCAAUAAAAAACUGCUUACCUUACUUAAAAUGUGGUCCACGGGCCGAUUUACGGCCGUUUUAUGGGUUUUUAUGUAAACGGUUUUCUAUAUAUAGAGAGAAUACAAAUCCUUAUAUUUCGAAUGUUACGUACGCAACAAUGCCGAUGUUCGCCGAUGCUGAUAUUUCGAGCUUGGGCUACCUGUGCUUAUAUUGAAGUAGUCUUUCGUCGUUUCCGGUCAAUUCUGCCCGUAUAUUUCUUGAAGAAAUCCUAGAAAUGUGCUUUGUUUUGAUUCAGAAGUCGAUCUGCAUUCAUUAAAACUUGUUGAGCGAGCGUCCCCUUCGAAUUCUGAGGCGAAGACGCUAAGCGCCUGGAGUGUUCUACUAUAAAGAGCGAGGGAGUGCUUAUCCAUGAGUCCCCAUGGAUUACACGUUUGACCCAAUGACAUAAGCAUACACCAGGCACAAGAAAAUGGGAAAAUUUCAUUCAUUCUUAUGGUUAUUAGUGCUAGCGCUUACUCCACAUAGAUCUGCGGUUAUUUUCCUGCUUAUGUCAUAAGCUCCUGUGGCCACCUGAACAGUGAAAUGAAUUUACUUGCCGUACCAAUUAAAAUAGUAGCAUAAUUGUUGAAAUUGCUCGUUUACCUUUGUGCUUUUGUCCUUGCAAUAAAUAAAUUUGAUUUACCGAUUAGUUUCGUAUCACCCAGUCAUCACAUUGAACCAUGAAAAAUAACAGAGUUACAAGGAGAAACUUAAAUUUGCAAGUCUUCAGAUUCUACAUAGGGCCGGGUGAAACUGACAGGGCAAUGUUUUGAAUUAAAAGACGAGGACAUGUCUACCUUCCCUUCUAACAAAGGCCUCUCACGGCGAGAGAAAAAUCAUAGGAAAGCUAGAGAUAUACCUCUUCCUGGCCUCGAUGGGUGUUCCGAUCAAGCAUGUAUUGGUGUUUUCUAAACAACCAGUUACGUUUUAGUCACCUGUGACACAACUUACAAAACCGAUAUGGUCAAUAACAACGAUAGAAAGAAAUCAAGAAAUCUCCAAUGUUCAGUCUCAACAGGGAACACGCAUUCCACAUUAAACGAAACUGGUUUUCAAAGCCAGUUGGUUUCGUCCACAAAUGUGGUCGGCUGUUAUAUGAAACAACGCGUCGGCCGCCGGCAGGGGUCUCUCGAUCUCUCUUUCCCCUCCUUCUUCUUUUGGCGUGAAGAACCUCUGCUAGCAGGGAAUUAUUCAUCACCAUGCAAUGAUUCUAAAACACCAUCCAUGGAUUCUGCGCAUAAUUGUCUAUUCAAGUUUUUUCUUAAUAUAGUAACAUUCAUUUAUUUCUUUUAAUCCUUAUCUGCUAGUUUGACAAGACAAAUAAGCUAGAAGCAGUUCAAGCAAACCUGGCUUCAGAGGUAGGCUUUGACUAGGCCAUGGUUACGAGGAGACUCAGGUGUCACUAUUAUUUACCUGAUACUUAUCUCUUCGUAAAUGUUUGCUUGAUAGCUAAAUGACACUGUUCAAGAACUAGGAUCAACAGACAACGACAUUACCAACCGGAUAAUAAAUGUCAGCUAUACUUUAUUCAACGAGGUGAGUGCAUUAUCGAACUUAUGAAUCUUAUUCAAUCCUGACCGGUCUUUUUGGCUUUCUAUCCCAUUGAUCCUAAAGGGCGUGCACGUAGGUUGGGUAUCGUGAACAAGGACCAUUAAAAGCUCAAAUUUUAGUACUUUAAAGACACCUUUAAUAAUAGUAUGCAAUGUAACAUCACCGUUAGUUCCCAUGAGGGUCGAGAGUACGGAGGUCGCGUUACGAGAUUUUAGUGUAGGUUUAUGUAAACUACGUAAAUACAAAUAAACAUCAGGUUUACGUAAAAAAACCAUAACUAAAAAUAUAUAGAGGUUUGGGCGAAGAUAUGGAUUUUAUUUUCGAGUGGUGUUUUUCAACACGAGAAAUUAAAAUUCAUAUCUUCAAGCCACCGUGUAAUUUGCUUUUUAUCAGACAAAAAGACUGAAAUUUAAUUCAAAGUUGAAAUAUAUUUUGUGCCAAAAAGAAGACCUGGCGGCUAAUGUCACAAUUCGGGUGUAUAUCACAUAGCCCAACAAAAAUAAGUUUUCGAAUUUCAAAAUGGGCAGUGAAAAUGUAAACUUUCGAGAGAUGUAGAUGCAAAUAAAAAUCUUGUUGGCGUCUCACUCCCAGCACAAACUUAACAAAACCGAUAGCCCAUUCGGCCUUCGGUCUCAUGGGCUAUUGACUCGGAGGAAUAAUUAUUAAAUAUAUACUUCAUUUAUGAAUACACAGUUAAAUAUGACGAGGGUCCAGCUCCAGAUAAGCGAUAAUGAAUUGUCAGUAUCUAUGCAAGAAAUUAAAGAGAAUCUGACGAGCGAGGUAAGUAACUAUAUCUUGUCUGUUUUACUUCCCUUAACAACUAUUCAUCGGAACAAAAGAAGCGAAGUAGAGUGGAGGAGUAAGGUGGCUCAUUUCGUUUCGCUGUAAAUUGUUCAUUCAUAUCAGUAGUUUAACCUACUAUUCACUUUCUGUUCUUAACCCCUCAAACACGCACACGCACAAAAAUACAGGGGCGGACGGAGGAUUUUGUGAUAGAGGGGGCCUAAGGAUAUAGUAUACAGUGGCAAUAUAGGCUCGAUAGCGCCCAUCAGGACUGCGAACGGCGCACUUUUCUAGGGAUUUUCGGGUGCAUGCUCCUCCGGGAAAAACUUUGGGGUUGAAGUUUUCUGAGAUGCAAUCUAGUGCAUUCUAAACGCUUAAAUUUAGCAAAUGCCUGGAUUCCAUAUUGAACAUGUAAUGCUAAAAUAUUUAAUAAACCACAAAAGGGGGGCCGGGACCUCCUUGGCCCACCCCUAAAUCCGCCCUUGAAAAAACAAACAAACAAACAAUAGAAGAAAACAAAAGGUCCAUCACAACAACAACAGCAACAAUGACUGAAAUCUACCAAUAACUUUUGUUUGGUUAUAGUUUUAAAAGACAUUUUUAGUAAUGAUUAUCUUAGAUCAAUGAGACCACUGUGAAGUUGCAAACGUCGGAACGCAAGUUACAAACUUUUAUUGGCUUGAUGAACAACUCGAUAAAUGAAAAGGUAACACUUGUGUACUCAUUAUUGAUUAUAAAUUGAUGUAAAACAACUAAACCUACAGGUUACUUAGUUAUAAGGGUCUAGCGAACAUCAUCAACAUGCACUAUCAACAAAAAUGCAAAAAAUAAGGGUAGUACCUAGUAAAUCACGUUACCAUAUGAAGAGCAUUGUCUAACCUUUGGACAGCAAAGACUGAAAUGUUUCAAUUUCUUCCUUUCUUUUUUUUUUUUUUGGGAUGAAAAUAUAAGCUCUAUAUAACUUCUUUGCUAUCGAAGCUUCGAAACAGACUUCUGCUCACCCACAUCCACCUCCUACACACAUUCACACAGUAUGGAUUUUAACAGUUAUUAAUCUGUGUUUCUAGGUUGAUCGAAAUUUUGUCACUCUGCAAAACGAAGAUAAUACACUGAUGAGCACUCUUAUUAAAGCCAACGAUAAACUUAACUCAAAGGUGAGGCUGCUCAAAUUUGUCCAUCUUAAACAGAUCUGAAUCUGAUUACAGUAAUUGACAGUGCAACAGUAAUUCUAACAAGUAAUUAGUUUUGAUUUACUAGAUAAUGACACAAAGUAAACCAAUAAUUCUUCUCAGAGAAUGAUGUCUGUUUAAAUGUUUGUUCAUGGCCGCUCUUGUAGCUUAAAUUGUUUUUGUCAGAAAUAAAAAGCUGAGGCAACAGCAGCAACGGCAAGACUAAAACUUGGAUGCACCAUGAUUAUGCAAAUAAGAAUAUUCAUACCGGUGUUCACACACUGUGAAGAACUCACUUUCACAAGUUUACUUCUUUUCAGUUGAAUAAUACAGCUGCUUAUCUUCGACUAAAAGACGAAGAGCUUCUGUGGAAACUGCAACAUGUCAAUUCCUCUCUCCAUGACAAGGUAACUAUUAAAAUUCGCUGAAAAUUAUCCAAACCUUCUGCAUAGAAAGUGCGGGAACGAUGGACGUAUUCUCCGUCCGUUCGAUUUGUCACCGUUAUCGUUAUCAUAUCAUUAUCAACAUCGUUAUCAGUUAAAAUAGUAUACAGAUUUAGCCAGGGCUAAAAGCGAAGCUCUCGAUAAUAUUUAUAGUUUGUUCAAAGAAAAUAUAAAAUCGUGUGAUGCUAAUUAAGCGGCGAAGGCAUGCAACGCCGCAAAACGAUGAAAAACAGUAACAGGUAUAAUUAGCAAAAGCAACUUUGCACGUGCAGCACACUUUUUUGUACAUUUCUUUGCCGUUGUUUUGCACGAAAACAAGGUGAAACUUCCAGAAACUUCUUAGUUACACGUUUUACAGAGGAAAUGUCGGACGUGUUCCCGUUCACUUUUUUUCACUGCCGCUCAUUUUCACCUCGUAUUGGUGGCCACUAGAAUUUCUCAUUUUGUCACCACCGAUAUAAAAUUUUCAUUUUCUUUUUUUUCUUUCAACAAAAAAUGUGUCCUUCGGUUUUUUAUCUCUCGCUCUAAAUCCCUGUCGCCCUUUUUCUCGUUGAGCUGUGCUGGCCUGCGCCCACUUUCUCUUUUUCUCUGUCUUUCUCUUGCUCUAUAUUCCAAAUUUGUGGACAUGGCAAUUUAUCUAAGUUUAAUACUUUAGACAACACGGAUACAGAAACAAUUUCCGCUUUCCUUUUUCGUGUUUAUUGACUCUUUUGUUGUCUUUGCUUUACAAGACGCCGGUGGCUAUGCGAUUUCCCGCCAAAAUAACCUCGAGUUGCAUUUGGGUUGCCAUACCUGUUGAUUGAGAUAUUUUAUAUUGGUAUGCCUGUGGUGCGGACGGACGGUCCCUCGGGCGGGCGGUCGGUGUACGGUCACGUGAUUACCAAAUGUGCUCGGAAGGGUAGAUUACUUCACUUUCUUACCCAUGGUGCUCCGCUAGGGCGCUUCGGGAGCAAGAGCUCCGCUAAAAAAAGGUAGAACUAGAAAAAUGGAUUUUAAGGCAGGUUCUUUUCUUUUUAAUUUUAAUUAGUACCCACCAUUUAUGAAGCAUUUUGGGGAAAAUGCGUUUUGUAGUUGUCAUUGCAAAGCCGUAAUGUUGAGUCAAAAUCGAAUUUAGUUUAUUAGUAUAGAAUAGAAUCAUAUUUAUUAUGAUAGAGUGUUCUAUUUGUUUUUAUUGACUUUUAACGUGACUGAAUUUCCGAGAAAAAGGUUUAAGGUGGCCGGAAACUGUUUAAAUGCGCGGUUUUUUUUUUUUAUUAUUCGCGUUUUUCGGCAGGAACGAUUUAACCGAUUUCUAUGAUGUUUGGUAUCCUUGAUAAAAAAUGGUAGAACUUUAAGAAAAAGUUAUUUAUUUUCUUAUAAUAAUAAAAACGUUUGAGAUAUCGGCAUAUAUUUAAAACAGCAUUGGUAUAUAAAAUAUCAAUAACUUCGAAAUUCUACGAUCAUUUUUUUCCCUAAAUUCAGCAAAUAAGCCACACAGCUCUCUAGUUUUAUAUCUGCAAGUUUGAAGUCAAUCUUGACCGUAGGACUCGCCGCACAAACUGCGGGUCCAAUUUAACCUUUCGAUGCAACGCUAACACAUAGAGGAAGAGUGCCGAAGGACUAUCUCGAUCCUAUCUGCAACAUACAGUAUUCUUGCCAAAAGCUUUACUGCAAAAAAACUGAGUGAUCAGAAACCUACGACGAUAUUACAGUUCGCAUUACAAGAAGAACAACUUUAUGCUGAAUGCGGGGCAAGAUUAAAGAACUUCUAUUCAUCAAACUUACUUUGUGUCUGUCCCUCUCUUUUCGCAACCAAUCUUGACAAAGCAAAAUAUAGCAUAUACGAAAAAAUCUCAGGUUUCCGUUUUAAGGGGAAAUAAAGCUACCAACUCCAGUGCUUCUAACCUUCCAUUUUCAGUUGCGCUGAAAGCCUUUGUACUUGUAUAUUAUUCAACAAACUUGUCAUCACAUUCGCACGGCCGGGUAGUUUGCCACUUAGGAAUAAAGAUCAAGAAAGUAUGACAAUUGUCUUAUUCUUGAAACUGUGAAAGGUUUGAACCCAGGAGUCAUUUCAAAAGGUUGAGUUUGAUCGUCCGGGUGAACGUAGUCCUGAAUAGGACUGUUUUUGUUGACAGUGACUGACGUUUCGACAACCUGUGCGGUAGUCAUCUUCAGAGUCAAAGUGAGUUGUAUCACGUCAGUUGAUGGUAUUAUACUCUGGUUAUUGAUCUGAUUGGUCAAUUAUGGUUGGUCCGAUAGUUGGUACGAGAGUUGGAAUCAGUGUUACUGUGAGUGUUCCGUCUAACAAAGUCCGUGUUGUAAUUGUUCUUACUAAAAACGUUGUUAAGAUAAUCAGUCUCGUCAACGUUUUUAGUAAGAACAAUUACAACACGGACUUUGUUAGACGGAACACUCACAGUAACACUGAUUCCAACUCUCGGACCAACUCUGGCCCUGUUACGACAGCGACUAUACCGUACAUCAGAGGCACCUCUGACACUAUUGCACGUAUAUUACAACCUUACAAUAUACGUGUUGCGCACAAACCGAUAACCACUUUACGGCGACUGCUUACUAAUGUCAAGGACAAAGACAAACCGGAGGACAGACAGGGAGCAGUAUACAAGAUCAAAUGCUGCGACUGCCAGGCUUCUUACAUUGGUGAAACCGGCAGAAACCUAAGCAAGCGACUGACCGAACACAAACGCGCGACGAGGAAUGGUGACGUCAACAAUCACAUUGCUGAGCACCAUUUAAAGACGAAACAUCAAAUUGACUGGGACUCUGCGACAUGUAUAACGUAUUCUACAGACUACUAUCAACGUCUUACUUUAGAAAGCUGGUUUACCAACUUAGAACAAACGCCACUGAAUCGUAGCCAACAGUUACCAGCGCCGUACAAACGAUCCGACUUAUUGACGAGAUCAAGCAAAACUAACUACGAGAGAGCAACUGGAGAACUGACAAUUUGACUAACAAUAGAUGACUGUUUAACUGUGACAAUAGACGGAUCGAAACGCACCAAUUACUGAUUACGAGUCUUCAUAGCCAAUAACAUCACGGCUUAACUGACAGACGACCAAUAACAUCGCGACAUAAUUGACCAAUCAGAACAAUAACCAGAGUAUAAUACCAUCAACUGACGUGAUACAACUCACUUUGACUCUGAAGAUGACUACCGCACAGGUUGUCGAAACGUCAGUCACUGUCAACAACAACAGUCCUAUUCAGGACUACGUUCACCCGGACGAUCAAACUCAACCUGUUGUCUUAUUCUUCUCAUUAUCCUCAAUUGUAAACUACCCCUGUGAAUGCAUUUUGUGCUGCGUGUUCUUCGGUCACGAUUGACUUUACACUUGCAGAUAUUCUAUGUUUUCACUCACGUGGCCAGCAUCUAUGCAAAUUUACUGGAACAAAAGAAAGCGUUUGCAUAAGAAAAAGUUCAAACAGGGCUGGUUUGGGAAGGUUCUUGUUUUAGGCCAUCUUGAAGAAAACACACAAUAAAAUAUUUUUACCAGACAUUUUUUUUAGAAGAAUUUAAAACAUGCGAUAUCCCUAGAAGAAAAUAAAUAGGUUCGUAAGAAAUUUUAGUCACCUCCGAAACAAACCUGGCUAAUUUUUAAAAUCUUAAAAAUUGAGUUGGAUUUAUACAGUUCAAUCACUUUUUAUCAUGUUCCGUUUGACCUUAUAGGCAGAAAGUGGGUUUGAAGCACUUGAGAAUGAAAUUAACACAACAAGAAGUCAACUGAUUACUAAUGAUGCGGAGAUAAAAGAUUCAAUACGAUCGGUCAACACAACAAUCAACCUAAGGGUAAUUAUACUAUAAUUGAUUUCUACCUUCUUAGAACCUUCCAUUUUCUUAAUAAUUGAACACAUUAAUGUAAAAGUGAGGGCUCCUGGCCGACAAAUGUUUUGGAAAAAACUUGAUACAUUGUUAUAACAAGUGAAGAAGAUCGUUAAAAAAGUGUUGAAAAAUGUUGCGCAAGUUAAUCUCCCGUACAUUGUAUCUAAGGCUGUGCGCAAACGGACGCAACAACUCCCAACAUUGUUGCGCCAACAAUGUUGGGAGUUGUUGCGUGCGUGUUGGCAGUGGUGUGCAAACGGAUGCAACGACUCCCAACAAUGUUGGGACCUGCAGUGCAUCGUGGGAGGGAUACAACCCAUAAGUCUUUGUAAACCAUGCGUAAUGAGCGUGCGUGGCCCCAACAAUGUUGGAAGAGCUGCGCAAACGGAUCCAACAUUGUUGCGCUACGUUUCUGCGAUCACGGAACAAAAGAAAUGUUGGGAGUUGUUGGCGGAAAAGUUUGACCGGUUUCAAGCUUUGCGCAACAACAAGCAACAACAUCCAACAACAUGCAACAGCUGACGCAACAUGCAAAAUAGGCAGCUGGUCAACCUUAGGCUGCGUGCAAACGGACGCAACAUGUAACAUCCAACAAUGUUGGGAGUUGUUGGUCAACAAUGUUGCGUCCGUUUGCACGCAGCCUAACACUUUAAAUGUACUUUGUUUUUCCCUCCAGCUUGAUCGUGACUUACUGGCAUUACAGUCGGUAUUAAAUGGUACCGAUCUGGUAUUACAAUCUGCGAUCGAUAGCUUGAAAUUAAUCGUCGCAAACGUUAACCAAACGUUACAAAAUAAGGUAUGUUGAGACACUGACAAGGUCAUCAUUUCUUAAACUUCCAAAGAUUUUAAGGCCCUAUUAAAAGGUUUCUUUGCAACUUUUUCCCAAGCGCUUUUGAUAAGAUUUGACACUGUCAAACUCUUGUCAAAACUUUGUAAACAGCAUCUAAAUGUCUUCUUUUUUUAUUAUUUUGAUUUGUUCUUUUUUUAGCUCUUAAACCCUAUUCAUUCAAAGCGGGCUUUUUUACGCUAAUCCUGCAACGGCGGGGGCGCUUCAGAGGUCCCCCUUCUAUAACUUCAAAGCCACUAAUGCUAUGGUUACCAAAAUUACACAGAACAAUAUGCCCAUCAUUUCCAUUUCUAGGGAUAACUUGAUUGGCGUCAUAUUGUUCAAUUUAUUGGCAGAAUCCAAAUUUCCCUAAAAGUACACAUUAAGCAAAAAAUACUUAAUCGUUAAGAUGUUAACUAAAAUCAAGAAGUUCGCUAGGAUAUAGAUAGCCUUUAACAAUAGAAGUGAUGCCAUGAAAUCAUUUAUGACUAAAAAGGGCGUUUAUGACUAAAAAGGGAACUGGAAGUAUCCGUUAUUUCUGAUCCGUCAUUUUGAAUUAUUUAUAUGGUUCCAUUUUGCUUAAAACCCGUAAAAAUCGAGGAAAUUUUAAUAUAAAUCUUGAUCUGAGUAUACAAUAUGCUUAGAAAGCCAAAAAACAAAUCUUGAAAAUAUGCAAUUCAAAGAGAAAUGAAUACUGUUUAAAACUGAAUUCAGCACCUGCCAUUUGGUCAUAUUAACUGAAGUCUUUCCUCAAACUAUAGUCAUCAAAAAUCCUGGAUUUCAUCAAAGGUGACAAAUUUGAUAAAGUAACGCUAAUUUAAGUGUAAUAUACUAAUUCCAGGGGUAAAAAUAGAAUUAAAACAUAUUUCGCGAAAAAAGCUCUUUUUCAAAAACUUAGAUGCCAUUAUAACGUUAAUGUUGACGUACACGUCACCACGACCAUGAUUUUAGAAUAGAAACAUUAUCAAAAUAAAUUGCUGUUUACGAAAACCGUACUGUAAUGAACUUUACGUUGCAGAUAGUCGCAGAGAUUGGCAAUUUAAAUGCGGAUCUUAACAUUACUGCAAACAAGCUCACUGCUGCCGUCGCCGAUGUCGCUGAUAUAAAGGACGAUUUAAAUGCCGUUAACAAAAGUCUUAACUUCAGGGUAUCAGUAUACGUAUAUUUCAUGUAGAUAUCUGCAGAUCAGGCCCCAGUUGUUCAAAAGGUGGAUAACGCUAUCCAGAUUAAUCUUUAUCUAGUGGAUAGCGUAAUUGGUUCCCUAUUUACCUAUCCGUUGGAUAAGGGAUCGAUCCGAUGGAUCGCACUAUCCAACGUUUGGACAACCGGGGCCAGAUUUGCAUUCACUUAUGACGACUGCCACAAGCUUUUCUGUGUGUCAGUAUUUUAAGGUAUUCAUUAUUCGAUAAUUACGGCUUUAAGGUGUCAGCAAGUUUAUAAAGAAAAAGUCUUAUAUUUUGGGGGAAAAAAACACUGACAGAGCAUUCGAGAGGUAAUGAAUUUGCCUUAAAAUUACUUGAUAAUGUUCAGGCCCUACCUAAAGGCAUCAGCGUUACCUAAAGUAUUAUUUUUUUUUUCUCUCUCUCCCUCUUUUGCAUAAGUUUUGUUUUGUUAUACAAAGUACAGCCUUAAGAUUAACUAUUGGCAAGAGAGGAUAAACUGGACAGAGAAGGCAUCCCCCAUACACACCCUAUUCCAUAGGUAAUUCGUCAAGAGUUAUUUUUCGAAAGUUACCUCGCGCGCUUCGUGGAUGUUUCGUAGAGGUUUCGCAUGACUAAACACCGUGCAAAACAUGUCGGGCGAAAGGCAAUGAAAGCGUAAAGAGGUCGAAAGCAUUUCUGAAUAUUGAAGCGAAAUGAGUCGGCGCUCACCUGGGAAAAGGGAAUCGCUGGACUCUUGUUGUCAUAACCUCAGUGCUUUAAUAAAAUGUGAAAUUUCGCUGGUCUAUUUAAACCGGACGUUUUUAUAAUAAAGCAAGUAAGACGCCAAGUGUUAUUUUUGUUGAAUAAUAAAAGGCUAAUAAAAGAAUACAUAUCAAACCAGAAAUUGGUCUCUUCAAAAUGUAAAUAAUAAAUGAUCCCGAGAGAAUAUUCAGUGUGUUAAGGAUUUCCCUGCUGUACUGUUAGCUCUAAACAAGAGAGGAAGGGCGAUUCUUUUUUAAUUUCCGUCUCGCUGACACAGCUUUUGCAGAAAUCUCUCUUUAGUCGUUUUCGUCGACAAAAAAAAAAACAAUAUCGAUGUCCGCGUCUUCCGCCAUGUUUUUCUGCGUCAAUUCGUGAAGGACGCGUGGCUCUGAGCUUGAGUCAUCCACGCGGAACACAUUCGCGCCAUGUGAUUGGCUGCUGUCUAAUCCCCCUUGGGAUCUAUGGUCUUAAAAAUAACUCGAGACGAGUUACCUUUGGAAUAGGGUGUAUAUGGGGGAUGCCUUCUUUGUCCCGUUUAUCCUCUCUUGCUAUUAGUUUAUGGGUCAGUGUGCGUAUGUCGAGGUAUGAAACAGAGUGACGCAUGAACACCGCCAAUUAAGUUUUGCCAUCCAUUAUAUUAAGCUAAGACGGAAACAGCUAAUUCAGCAAAAGGAUUAGCUAGGACUGUUUCAAAAGAAAGAAUACUUUACAAAGAAAGAUUUGCACACACUAAAGCGCACGCAGAUGACACGCUCGCCACAUCAAUUGAGCAUUUUUUUAAAAAAAUUGUUCACAUGUGUUUCCUCCUUGGCAAGUUCUUUAAAAGUUAUCUAUUGUUAACGUCACUAAUUGAACUUUUAAUUUUGCUGUCAAUCAUUUGACGUCAUUUUCGAAAAACGAAAAACAUACGAUUGUUCGGAAUACAAAGUUCUACCAUCCUGUAAGGUUUGAACUCAAACGGAUAAAAACUGUAAGAGUUAUUCCUAGACUGCAGUUUCAAGCUGACCCGGCGUGUAUUGCUGAUAUUUCAGUCAAUUUUAAGAUUUUUAAGGCCUGUUGGUAAUCAAAAUAUACAAGGUGAAGAGGCAGAAGAACAACAAAACACAAAGAAAUUAUAAAAGAAGCGAAAUGAAAGCAAAAGCAAACAAAACAAAGAGGCAAUUCUUUUUCAGUCUUUUUUUAGAAUAUGGAAAAUAGCAUAACACAAUUGCGGACAAAAAAUUAAGCAAACAAACAAACAAAACGUUUUGUUACAUUCUUCUUUCAAUUUAAGGUUUAUGAAAAUUAUGUAACAUUGAGAAGCGAAAUAAACAGCACAAGCGAAGCAUUGCAAAACAGAGAUAACCAGCUGAUAAGCAAUCUCAUUGAAGUCAAUCAUACACUGAAUACAAAGGUAAGUUUAUCGUAAUAACGUUUCACAUAAUAUCAAAAACGAUGGGGAGUGCUUCAUCACGGGUUACAAACACUGUAACAGAUGAAAGCAGGAGGCCGCCGAGGUGUUCGAAACCUGUGAUAAAGAACGAAGCCCGAGUUUUUGAUACAGCGUCUUCUGAAAUGAAACAAUAAGGAAUUACGCAGUGACAUGUAAUUUCUAUGGUAUCGCAUCUGAUCUCAGGUGAAAAACAUGUUUCAACUCAGAUGAAAAUCUGGUGGUGGUUUGUCUGGUGUUUCAUCAUGUAUUAAGAUUCAGGCACCUGACCCAAAUGGUCGACAUUCAUCGUCUUUUCCCAGCAUAAAUAACUAAUGAGUUUGAGAGGGUGUAUUCGGACCUCAUAUUUAACCCUAUUUAGACCUGGAGCUUUUGGAAACCCCUCCCCCCCGCCUUCUUUGAUAAUAAAUGACGUCAUUACAACAUCAUUGUCAUCGUUAAGGAAUGUUAAUGUGUUAGCCAACGUCUUGCUUUAAUUUUGUCAGACACCUUACGAUUUUGACAUCUUACACAGGGCCGUUCUAGCGAAUUUGUAAUGAAGAGCGACUGGAGCGUUUUUGGUUCCGGCAAGGGGUCGUGGGAAAGGAAAAGAGAACUCCUUUCCAGGUCUAUGGCGAGAUACUGAUGAUGAUGACGAUGGCGGUGAUGAUGAUGAUGGCACUUAUAUUAUCCCAAAGUUAAUCUUUUUUCAAUUAAUUUUAUUUUUGAUUUUAUUUUUACUUUUUUACAGCUGGAUCGCGACAUUAAAGCAUUAAAAUUUGACUUGAAUGUUACUGAUGUCACAUUGCAAUCGUCGGUCUCCGCUUUACUGUUCGACGUUAAUCACGUUAAUCAGACAUUAAAAGAUCAGGUUUGCUGAGAAAAUUAUUUGAACGUUCCCCAAGACGUGAAACUUGGGGUGCUUACCAUUUGCGUAAACCAUCCGGGUGUAAAUCUUGUGCAUAAACAUAAAACUAGAAAAUCUCACUCGGUUGAAGAAUGACCCGCUUCAAGGUAUAUCCAAAUUAGCUGAACAGACUAAAAAGAGUAGACAAAUUACAUCCCCUCAAAUCACAGCUCAAAUUUUCUUAAGCUUCCCCCCCAAAAAAAAUAAAAUGGCGCAAACCAUUUGUUUUUCCCAUCGCAAUUUCCGGUUUUCCAAUGUAACUGGUAAGUAACGCUGAUUAUUAACCCUAGCAGAUAUUUCAUAACAUUUCAAAGAAUGAAGCCUUAAUAAUGACAUUUUUUCUUUACAGAUAUCCUUAAAAGUGGGACUGUUGACCGCUGAUCUUAAUAAAACAAAAAUCGAGCUACUAGCAGCAGAUUCAGAUACACAGGCUACUUUGGAGGACGUUAACUCCACUCUCAAAAACAGGGUAUGCAUAAGCAUCAAUUAUUGUUGUAUAACGUAGUUUAUAGUAUGUUAAUGAUAAGCGUAUCUAUAUACAGUACUUAGAAGGUAGCGUGGCCAACUAAUCAGCGCGUACGCGUUGGAAUUAGAAUCCUAAUCCCGCGGUUCCGUGUUCGAGUCUGGCUCUGGACACUACUGAAAUCCACGGUCACGCUUGUAAAUAUAGCCAAUAGAUUUGUCUACUGCCUUUUGCAUGGGGUCUUUAAUCCUGUUAUGUUCUGUUUAGAUCAUUUGUUUCUAAUUAUUUGGGCGGAGAGUCUGUAAACUAGCUGGAUAUAGCUAAGUGCUCUUUCCACUAUAAACAAACCUUUAAUCUUUUACUUUGAACACGCAGUGGUUGUGGAGCCUUAUAGUUUCUAUAAUAAGAUAAAAUGUAUUGAAAUAUCAUAGGCAAACUGGGAAACUGCCCACCUACCCCUCCCCUAAGUUGCCCUACGUGAAAAGUGAGGGUUAAUGUUGGCUUAGGGGAGGGGUAGGUGGGCCGUUUCUCAGAAAACGUAUUAAUAAUGAUCUGAUACUUCUUGGGCUUUAGAAAAAGGGAGGAAAGAAUGCAAAUAAUGAACUGUCAAAAUUGUGUUUAGUUAAAUUGCUUGUCUCAAUUUUGAAUUAGAUUGAUAUAAUCGAAUCUGUCACAAAUCUAUUGUCGACAUCUCUGACGACUUCUCAAGUUAACAUUGGCAGACUCAAUGAAACAGUAACUAACCUAACUAUAGAGGUAAGUUUAAUUGUUUCAGAAAUAACAACGGGAAAAACGUGGUGAAGAAGUUGAAAGCUCGAGAUUGAUAGCAGAUAUGAAAGCUGACUAGCAUGGUUAUUCGCGAUACUCGAUUCACAACCGCAUCACAUAAAAAGAGUGGUGUUUAAGUUCAGGGCGUGUAUUUUUAGAAAGUUUCUAAACUCACAAUACAAAUAUCUGCAUUUACCAUUAUUUUCCGUCUUCACGCAUGUCCUCACAUGACCAUACUGAUUAGCUUUGGUCUAUCUAAGCCAGUAGCUACUAAAACACCAGCGAUAGAAGUAGCGAAAACCAAAUCACAGUGCAGGUCAGUUUUGGAACGUUUUUCAUUGAGCAAAACAAAUUUCCUGCAGCAUUUCCUAUUCAUCCAUUCAUCACAAUAAUGUAGGAAGCAAUACUUAUUUCUGCCCUCUUCCUAAUCAUUGUGCUAUUGUUGACACUGGGAACAUGUUACUUAAACAAUUAUUGUAUGAGGUUUUUGCGACAUCCGGACAAUUAAAAACUGGAUCACUGUAUAAUGCAAUUUUAGAGCUCUGAUUGGCUUAGGCAUCAUGGUAUUUGAGCCAUUGUUAUAUUCCUAGACUUUCACUCAACUAAACAGGCACUGCCAUUGGUUGAUUCUUGACUAAAAUCAAAUGUAUCCCGAUGCAUUUGAGCAAUACGUAGAUCGUUUUCAGUCACGUGGUCAGCAGCUUUGCAAGUUGCUUGGAAUAAAAGAAGGUUUUAACUUGUGAAAAGAGUUCAUUCCCACAGGAUUUUGUUUGUACACAAACAUAGCCGCCGAUCCAUUGUUUUGUACAAAAAUAUGGCCCCCGUGACGUCAUGUGAAAACGAUCUAUUGUACCCCGCUCGGGAUACAUUACUGCACGUGAUAAAGUAUGGUGGAAAGUGGCGUGAUAGAAGGCUGGAAAAACACGUACUGCCAGUUGUUGUUGUUGUUGUUUUUUUUUUCCGUGAAUGAACACAACAACACAAUCACGAAGCCUCAACCUAAAAAGCAACAAUUUUUAACGUUAUCCCAGACGGGAAACAGCAGCUAGUGGAGGAAAAAUGAUGCAGAUAAUAUAAGGAAAGUGUUUUGUGAAUCAUUCAUUCAGUGGUUUUGCGGAGAAUAACCUGAGAUUAGGCCCAAUUUUAGCGGUUCCAAUACAUUCUCUCUAACGGCUACCGCUAAAAUUGGGCCUGAUACAAACUCUCUCACGUUUGUGCUUGUUACGCUGAUUGGCUGUUAGAACAAUGCCACAAGAUCUGAUUGGCUGUCGGAAACGCCGGAAGUUGAAAGCGCUUAUUCCUCGCGUGGUUGUUUUCGUGAAUGAUCCGUCGUCGGUGGAGAGAAGGAUCGAUUUCGCUGUCUUUUUUAUUGUUUUAUGGUCUUAUGGUAGGAAAAUAUGCCUUAAUGUGUGCCAUUGAAAUUCAGAAAAUUCAUAUGGUUGUUCAUAUCUUCUCAGGAUUUGCUUUAUUUACGGAACUAAUGUGAGUGUAUAGCGGAGUUGAAUCCCUCUGCAAGGUGCCUUUUGAUUUACCAACAAAUGAGUGCAAAUCAAAUUACUGUCCAUCUUCAAAAAGGUUUCAUCUGAACGUUUAGCCGGGAAUGACAUCUCUGAACAGGAAACGCAAGCGGAGGCUCACUGCGAAAGAAACCUCAAUCACCAACUGUGAAGUAUUAGACGAAAAAUAUUGCAUCGCUGUUUAAGGAAUUUUUGUAGGCAUUAUUAUAAAAGCUGGUGGCUUAAGGUAACAGACUGGUUGUUUGCCUUCACUUUUUUUAAAAUAUAAACCAGGAAAACUGGCAUGGUGUCCUCGCUCGUUGGCUGUUUGCUUUUGUUUUUAAAAAAGUUAAAUCUACUGAAAAUGGGGGAAAUUACCGAGGAAAAUAUAAAGGCAACGGAAAAAUUCGAGCGCGCGUAGCCAAAAUAAUAAAACUAGUAGAACAUCGUGUCGCCGUCUUUUCGAAAACUUUUCACCUUCUACGCCAACAGAAAUAAUCUUCGAGAUCUCCCUUAAUCUCCCAAGAAGUUAAAUGUGAUUGUGCUGACUGUUUUAUUUUUAGCUGAAAAAAUUAACAGAUGAAAGCUACUUUUUAAGUCAGCCAGUCUGCAUUUUGAUUGACUGACAUUUGCCGAAUCAGCCAACCAAAAUUACUUCCGUUGCUUGUUUUUCUAUGCAAUGCAAUGCAAAAAUAACUAAAGGUUCUUAGCCAACGAGAAGACAGAUAGUGAGUACAACGUAUAAUAAUGAUACUAAUAAAUUCAAACUGAAAAAUGACGGUUUGCUUUUCUUACAGAUAUCGGCUAAUAAAGACGAACUGCUGACAGCCCUCAAUUCUACAAAAACCGAGCUUAUAGGAGUAGACACGAUGAUAAGACACACUUUAAUGUCUACAAACGUGACCCUCGCAGCAAAGGUACCAUUCAAAUUCCUUCUAGCUUUCAUAUAGACUGCCAAAAAGUCCCUUCAGUUUUGUGAACGCAACAAGCAGCGCCGGUAUUCAGAAAAUUAAUUCACAAAGAAGAUAAGUAUGCAAAUAUUAUCGCCAGGAUUGGAGGAAAUUUUAACACAGCUUUCUAACCAAUGAAGUUGCGUAUGCUGCCUAUGACAGAACGGAACAGGACAUCGGGUCUUGAGCAAUCACUUGGACAUAGCGACAUAGCACAUAUACAUUAUAUAUAUAUAUAUAUAUAUAUAUAUAUAUAUCGGGAUAUAUACUUUAUAUUUAUAUAUACUUUAUAUAUAUAUAUGUUUAUACAUAACAAGAAGAUACAAGUUCGUUACGUUUGUUAAGUGAUGAUAGAUUGGGACGACAGAUAAUUAAAGAUCCAAAGGUUACACCUUUUAUUUGAAUAGGAUAUAUAUAUAUGAAAUAGAGAAGUCAAUGUUGUUGUGUUUCAGGGACCAGAAAUGUUUUUUCCGUAGAGUUCCUGUGUUUUCUGUGACGGAAUGAUGCAGUGUGGUGUACCUAGUUUUGACGGGUUUUCUGUGAGUCCGAUGUAUGUUUCAGAAGUGUUAUUGUCGUUACGUUUGACGGUUGCUUGGUAGAUAACUGAUGAUUGAAGGCAGUUUCCGUUAAGAGGGCAUGAGUUUUUUUGUCGGCAGUUACAUGAUUUGUUGUCAUCAGAGUUAUCUGUGGAUUUAUCUGUGUGUUUGGAAGCAUUCGGGAUACGCUUGUUGUGGUUGUCGAUAAUGUUGUUUAGUGUUAUUCAUGCAACUGUAACUGAUCUUGAUGGUAUUGGGGUUGAAGAUUUUUCUGCACCCUAGUAGACAAACACUUCCCUAAAGAGAACAAACUCUAUCUUCUUGCCGCCACCACUCGUAUCUUCUUGCCGCCACAGAAACAAAGCGUUGCUAUGUAACAAUUAAACAUUUAAAUUUAAAUUUUCCCCAACAAUGUAAUCUCAAAGUAUAUAGUCGAUGGUUAUGAAUAUUCCUAUCAUUAAAAUCCCCUGAACAGUGAGAGAUCACGAAACAGGCUUGUCGGGAUGAAAGUGUAGUUUUUCCCUACUUCCAAUAUUUAUAAAGAUUAAUGGUUUUCGUAAAGUGCCGCUCGUAAGCCCUACGCUUAUACAUCUCCCUAAGGGAUUUUAGGAAGUCACUAUAAACAGAGGAGCUUAUAUUUCCAAGGGGGAUUAUAACCGGAAUAUAAAAAGCGCGUUAAAAAAACUGGUACACUGUCUCAGUAGCAGUGAUAAGAUUUGCAUUUAUUAGCUUGAAAUUGAUUAAGCCUCGAAACGUUUUAAUAGAUAGAGUUCAUUCUAAUACAUUUGUAAGGGGAAUAUAUCUUGGGAGUAUAACCGGAUUUAUUUUGUUUACAGGUAGAAGGGCCUAUAAAUAUCUGGGGAGUGGAGGGUGGGGGGGAGGGCUUUAUUAUAAGCGACAGUAUACCAGUAUACGGUAUUUUGGUAGACGAGGUAUAUGUCGGCAAUUCGGGAGAAUAGCUGUCAAACGUCACAAAACUGCAUGAUUAUAUUCCAGAUUUUAAGUCUUGAGAUUUCCACGAGCCAGAUAUCAACAGAACUUGAAGAAACUCAGAAAAACAGCGAGCAAAUAAACCAAACUUUGACAAGAACGACAACACAG